CGAUUAGUUGAGAACUCUACGUAGCGAUAUUUCUUUGAGUAAGUGAACUAAAGUCGAUAGCAUCGUUACGAGAGGUGGUCGAUAACCGAUCGUGCAUCGUUCUUUUCGAAACGAGAAAUUGAAGUUCGAUAUCUGUGAAAUAAUUCGUCAAACAUUGCUUUGAGAUAUCGUAGUAUUCGCGGUAAAUUUGUUAUUCCUUUAUAACCAUAAAAAGACGAGAACGUAAAAAGGAUUAUGCAUCUUUACAAACAAAUAUAUUUUAAAUUAUGCAACAAAAAUUUUCUAUUUUGACGAGAAAAAACGCUAUGAAAUAUUACAAUUGUGAGAAAUAUUGUAUAUGUAUAUUUUAAUAUCUAGAAGAUAAGACGUACCGGUACCUAUGUAUUUUGAAUUACAAUUAUGGAAAAUAAACCAAUAACAUUGCCUAACAACAGAAAAUCUGCAACAACAGAUGAUUCGAAAAGCGAGAUGCAAAUGGUACUCGCCAAAAUGAUGGAAGAAAAGUAUACUUAUACUUAUAAAAAAUUAGUAGUACCUAUGUCAAUGAGAAGUAUUUACUGGAAAUUUUUCGGAUUUCCAGCUACAGAUGAUGGAGAUAUUCUUACUAAAGUAAAAAUCGUUUGCAUAUUAUGUAAAACUCAAAUUGCAUAUAAUCGUAACACCAGUAAUUUACGUAUGCAUUUACAAAAUAAACAUGCUCAAGAACUUUUAGAAUUAGAAGCUACUAAUCCUCCACGCAGACAAGUACUUUCUCAGGAAACAAAAGAAAGAAGAGCACAAAAAAAAUUAUUAAAAACAGGUUUAACUUCUACUCAACAUAUUUAUACUACUAAUGCAGAUGGUACUGUUCAAAUAGAUGGAGAUAUUCAAUUUGUAACUGAUCCAAAUGUAAGUUUAUCUAAUAUUGAAGAUGAUAUCACAAUUGGUCAACCUUUAAGAGUUAUGAUUAAAAGUGGUUCUAAUAUUGGAAGUAAUAGUCAAAAUGUGGCCUUUCUUAUGCCAGAAGAUAAUUCUAUUAAUCAAUCAAGUAUUGAUGGAAAAACUGUAUCAGAUGCUAUAGCUGAAUUUAUUAUAAUGGAUUUACAACUACCAGAAGUAGUGGAAGGACGAGGUUUCCAGAGAUUAGUUGCCACUUUACGUUCACCUUGUGAAAUUCCAAGUAAAAAUAAAUUAGAAGAAGAAAUUAUUCCAAAGAUAUAUGAUACUUUUCGUGAAUCAGUAGCAACAACUCUUUCUUGUAUUACAAGUGAAGUAGGUUUGACUAUUGAAGAAUGGAAAUCAAAUUCUGAUGAACGAUUUGUUACUGUGUCUGUAUAUUAUCAAAACUCUGGUGAACCAGUGUUAGAAUGUAAAGUGUUAAGUACUAUUCAUGCUCCUUUAGAUUGGGAGGAAUCUCAAUGGGGUAAUACAAUAGAUUCUUUAUUACUUGACUGGGAUUUGAAAAUAGAAAGGAUAACUGCAGUAGUAGUAGCCACAUCUAGAACAGAAUUACUAAAUGCUUUAACAAAUCGAGGAUUGACAUUAGUUCCUUGUUUACUUUAUACCUUACAAGUAUGUGCUCAAGCUUGCUUUGAAAGUCCAGAAGUGGCAACAAUAUUAUCAAAAUGUAGAGCAGCUAUUGGAGCUAUUAUAAGUCAUCCAGCUGCAUCAGCAGCAUUAGCUAUGCAAGAACAAUUAUUAGAACUAGAAGAAAAUGCUAUGUUAAUGGAUUAUCCACCUGUAUGGACAUCAACAUACAAUAUGCUUGAACAAAUGGUUUUACGUCGUAAUAUUGUAACAUCAAUUUUGGAGAGCAUGGAAGGUGUGGAUCAAGAAAUAGUUGAUUUAACAAAUGAUCAAUGGAAAAUUGUAGAGGAUCUUGUAAAUGUACUUGAACCAUUUAAAGUUACUAUUAUGACACUUAGUGAGGAGAAAAUGCCAUUGAUUUCUUUAUUAAAACCAUUACUCUGGCAACUUGUAUCUUCUCAUCUUAAAAUAAAAGAAAAUGAUAGUGAGAAAGCAAAAUCUUUCAAAGAAUCAUUAUCUGAUAUGCUUUAUGAUAGAUAUGCAGAUUAUAAUGUUACUCUUUUACUUCAAAUUGCAACUACUUUAGAUCCAAGGUUUAAACAAUUACCAUAUGCUACUGAAGAAGACAAAAAUUCAGUAGCAACUGAUAUAAAAGAAAUGUUGACAAAAUUAAUACAAGAAGAAUCUGGUGAUAGUAUAAGCAUCAAAGUUGAAGAGGAACCUUUAAAUAAAAAAAGUCGUGUAUCAGGUAUGGAAUUUUUACUUGGAGGUUUAUGUUCAAUAAAAAGUGGAAUGCCUGCAGAAGAAAAAGCAGAUCUUGAACUUGUACAAUAUCAUUCUGAAUCUACUGCACCACUUGAUUAUUGUCCUCUUCAAUGGUGGGCAAAAAUUUCCGCAAAAUGUCCAAAUUUAGGAAAAUUGGCUUGUAAAUAUAAUUGUGUACCUGCAUGUUGUGCACCACCCUCUAGAAUUCCAGCAGAAGUGCAAGUUUUAUAUGAUACAAGGCGAACGGCCUUACCUCCUCAUUUGAUAGAUAAGUUACUCUUCCUUCAUAGUAAUCAUACUGUAUGAAGAAAGCAUUAAGUUCAAUUGAAUUAUAAUGUUAAUAGCUUUUAUAUAAUCUAAGUUUAAAAUGAAACAUUUAGGCGAAUUUGAACGAAAGAAUAAGCCAAGUCAGUUAUUAAUUUAAAUUAGUUUUAAUAUAACAUCAAUGUAUUCCAAUUUUAUGACAUAUAAUUUAUUCAGCUACUGUAUAAAGCGUAUAUUUUUCAUUUUUACUUUUAUUUAACUUAUCAGAAUUUUACAUUUUCUAAAAGUAAAAAUCGAAAUCAGAAUGUAUAAGUUUGUUAAAUAUCUUACAAAAGAGAAAUAUAUUUAUUUUCACAAAAAUAUAAUAUUAACUUCAUAUUUUGAAAUUGUACUUCAAAUGAAAGAAUAUUCGGAAUUAUGAAUACAGUCUUGUUUUAUUAUUCAAAUGAGCCUAAGAUAAUAAGAUAUCAUUAAAUUAAUAAAAAUUCACCAGUCAAAACAGUUGUAUAGAAUAUUUUAAAAAACUAAAAAAUAAUAAAAAUUCAAUAAAAAGAUAUUAUUUAUAGAAAUUAAAAAAUAAUAAUUUCAUAUUUGCAACACAUAUGAUGUAUUAUGAUAUGCUUUAUAAAAAUUCUUAAAUAUAAAGCAUUGAAAAUAAAAUAUUAAUGUUGUAAAUAUUGCAUAAAAAUGCAAAAAUAAAUUUUUUACAUCUUUGUAUUUUUUACAAAGAAAUAUUAUUAAUAUUUCAUCUAAAGUUAAAAUGCGAACAUAAAAUGAUUGAUAAAUAAUUUAUAAUAAAUUUACCUUUAUACAGUAAAAUGUUAAAUUAAGUAACAUUGUAAACUUCAUAUCAAUAUUCUUUUUAUUUCUAAUAAUAAUGAUAAAAAUGAUGAGAUACUUUAAUAAAUAAAUUAUUUGAUAAUUUUCCUACUACUUUGUCAGUAAUACACUUCACACAAGUGUAUUUAUGUGAUAUUAAUUUAUAUUUUCUUUAAAAAUAUUAAAGUAGUACAAACUUAAUAUUUUAUACUAUGAAAUAGAAUUUAUAUUAUAAAUAAUACUUGUAUUAUUGAUAUAUUUUAUUGAUGUAUUUUUAUUUGUUUAAUGACUUAUAAUUUAAUGGUUAAAUGUAAUAUAAUGUUGUAUAAUAUGAAUUACAUAUGCAUGUGCUUCUUAUUAUUUUAAAAAUUGAUAUUUAUAUUUAUAACAAAUUGUACAAGACUUUAUAUUUUAUUUUUGUACAGUAUCAAUAUAAUUGUAAAAAAAUACUAUAAUAAUACAUUUUAUAUUGUAUAUAAAGUGAAUUAUUUUAAAAAAUACAUUUAAAAAUAUAUGUUACUAUUGUAUAUUAUAUCUACAGCAUAUCUAUCAUACUUAAUUAUUUUUUAAAAAUUUAGAUUAAAGUAAAAAAAAAAUUUAAAUUUGCAAUUGUAUUCAAAUAAAUUUUAUUUUAAUUAUAUUUUUUUUGUAAACAAAGAAAAGAUACUUACUAUAACAAAAAUCAAAUUUCUUUGUUAUCUUACGUUUCUAUUUAUUUAUGUUUUUCUAUUUAUUUCUAAUGAAAAUUUUUUAUUAGUUUCUUUAUUAUAACAUUUAAUUAUAAAUAUUAAUUAUGAAAAAAUGAAUUGGCUUUGAGUCCAUGUUGAACUUUCAUAGAAUCUUGGAUCUGCGAUUCGAAGAGAUGCCCUCUUAUAGAAAUAAUAGUAUAAAACUGCAACUUUAAUGUAACUAAAUAUAAAAGAAAUUGUAAAAAAUAAUAUAUGUAUUUAAAAAAUAUGAUUGAAAAUAUGUUUACCUCCUCUAUGUAAUGAAUAGAGUACAUGAAAAUUUGUAGUCCAAUAAUAUUUGAGAGGUGAUGACCAAUGCAGCUUAAUAUCCCAUAUAUGUAAAGUAAUGCUUAAUACCAUAUAUAUAAUACACAAUAUUAAUGUUAUACGAAAUUUUGUAUAUAAUAAUUGUAUUAAUCCUAUCUG